GAAGGCCAUCCAUCCACCCAUCUACAGUAUGUCUGCUGAGACAAGCGUUCUCGAGCCAUCGGGGAUCUCGUAUGGGUGUCUCGUCAUCUCAAGUUCCCAGCUGGCUUUCGGGAUUGUUGACACCCUCUAAAUAUAACCUUCUUAAAGUCGGAGCAGCGGGUACCCAGGGAGACGACAAACCACUCGCGAAACAACUUUGUGUUUUCGCUGCCAUAUUUGGGGACUUGUUUUUCACAUAAACUGAGGACUUCAUGGAGGCUGGAUGAUUUGCGCGGGUGGAUUUUGGUCAAUGGCUCCCAGAAAAGUCCAGUGGCCUCUUGUCAUUGUCGUCAGUCUGCUUGUGCGCGAGUGUCUGGGGGGCUGCUCUGAGGUGGACUCGCUGACAGAGGCCGUGCAGGGCGAGCCCUUCGUGCUGGGCUGCAUUUCCUGCAAGAAACGAGGGGAAGUGUCGGCCAUCACCACCGUCGACUGGCAUUUCAGACCUCAAGGAGAGGAAAACUUCACGCACAUCUUCCACUACGAGCAUCCGAGCGCCGACGUGAUGGACGAUGCCUUCAGGGGACGUUUGGACUGGCUGGGCACACGGGGCGAGGACAUCCAGGCCGGCACCGUCGCCGUGCGCAACGUCAGCUACGGGGACGCCGGCACAUAUCGCUGCAUCUUCAACCGAACGCUCCUGCUGGCGGGCUUCCGGCACCAAGUCAGCGUGGAGAAGGAGGUGGAGCUCAGCGUGGUUCACGCCGCCAAGCGGGAGCUGGCGGCGGUGGUGUCGGAGAUGGUCAUGUACGUGCUGAUAGUGUUUCUGCAGUUGUGGCUCAUCGUGGUGGUGGUCUACUGCUACAAGAAGGUGUCCGACGACAUGGACGCCCGCGAGGCUCGCAGAGCUCUUAAGGCUCCCAAGGAACUCCUGGACUGUGAUGGCAUCAAGUUGGAGGAAGCUAAAUAAUCAAAUAAAUUAUAUUUUCAAAAACACAUUGGGUAG